AUGGCUCUGGUACCGAAGCCUGUCUACUUCGGCCCCUUCCUGGUGACUUCACAGGUUUUCUUUACGACAUCUUUGAGCUUUGCACUCGUGAAUCUGAAGCCUCUUUUACCCGGACACGUUCUUGUCUCGCCUAUUCGCAAUGUGCCUCGUGUCUCUGACCUUACGGUCGAAGAAACAGCCGACCUAUUUCUUACCGUGCGUCGGGUGGGCCGAAUGGUAGAGCGCGUUUUCAAAGCUUCGAGUUUAAAUAUCGCGAUUCAGGACGGUAUCGAUGCCGGUCAAAGCGUCCCGCAUGUCCAUGCUCAUAUAGUUCCACGCCACAAAGCAGAUUUGGAUCAUAAAGGAGGCUCGGACGCCAUUUAUGGCAUGCUGGAUGGCGAUGAAGGAGACAUUGCGAGGUUUUUAUGGGAAAGAAUGGAGAGGAGAAAUCAUCGGAAGUUCCCAGCGGUAGAUAAUGAGAGUAGAAUGCCGAGAAGUGACGAGGAAAUGAAGGAGGAAGCAGAACGUUUGGCUGAAGAAAUGGAAAAAGAGGCAUUGGAUUGA